AUGGGUAUUGAUGUGAACACGAGUUCGGGUUCAGUGAGGGGUCAGACACUCCAUGUCUUGAAUCGCAAAAUACAUCAAUUCUUGAAUAUACCCUACGCUAAGCCCCCUUUAGGCCCCUUUAGGUUCGCCCCUCCCGUACCACUCAAAGCCCCAAAAGAAGGUAUAAUCGAUGACACAAAAGUCGGCAAUUCUUGCAUACAAAGCCUUAAAUCACGUAUGAAUUCAGACAACAUUAUGACUAUCAGCGAAGACUGUCUAGUAUUAAAUAUAUGGACACCAAAUACGGCCAGUAGUGGGCCGAAGGGUGUGGUGGCGCUCAACGCAGUCAUGUUCUACAUAUAUGGCGGCGGAUUAUAUAGUGGCACAAUAUUUCAUGAAUAUUUAAACGGUUCACUUUUGGCCACCAAUGGUGUGGUUUUGGUGGCGGCUAACUAUAGGGUCGGACCGUUGGGUUUCCUAUACGGCGGCGGAGAUCAGACGGCGCCGGGAAAUGCCGGCUUUUAUGACCAGUUAUUGGCACUUAAAUGGAUUAGAGAAAACAUAGAUUUAUUUGGCGGAGAUAAGGACCGGAUCACUAUAUUUGGUAUGAGUGCCGGCAGUUGGUCCGUAUCGGCGCACAUAUUGUCUCCCCUAUCGAAAGGUCUGUUUAAGAGGGCUAUUAUGCAGAGCGGGUCCGUUAUGCAUAACAGAGACCGUCCGGCGCUCAGCACUGUUGAGGCCCUCCAAAGGGCCAAACAAUUGACCCGACGUUUGAAUUGCGAUGAAUUUGACUACAAAUGGUUGGACUGUUUGCGUGCGAUAGACGACCCGAACCUGUUUGUUGAGACACCAGUGUCCGGUCACAUCGGUGUCACACACGCCGUGUUUGGCACAGAGUUUUUGCCACGUACGGUUAAAGACGAGGGAACGAUGUUUGCCCCUGUAUUAUACCGGCCAUUGAAACCCGAUAUAACUGAACACCAGUUUCGGGGAAUUGUGGCCAAUUUGAGCGCCGAAUACCAUAACAUAGAUGUGGACAAAGUGUGCGAUCAUUAUCUCAAUGGUGUCCACAAAACCAAUUCAUCGCAACUGAAGGCGGAGUUGAGUGCAUUAUAUGGCGAUCUGGUGUUCACGUGUCCCACAUAUCGGUUCGCCAAGAGUUACGCCAAUAGUGGCCGAAAUGCUGUGUAUUUUUAUCGUUUUAAUUUCAAAUCACAAUUUCUGGCCAAACAGUACGGAUGUGUUGGCGGAGAUGUCUGUCACGCACUGGACGUGCCCUUUGUUUGGGGCUCUCCGCUCAGUAAACCACAUGAGGUUUGGCCACAAUUUUGGGAUAAAUCUGUGAUUCGUGUGAAAGACUUGAAUCCCAACGAUAUGAGUGUCGCCGACAUUGAGUGCGACGACAACAGUCCCGCCGUCUGUGCGGACAAAACUGGUGGUCAACAGAGUGUCCGCAUCUGUCGGGCCGUCGACUGCGAG